AUGGCUAACUUUCAUGAAGUUCUGUCGGAGUGCAAUUUAUUUGAUUUGGGCUUUCAAGGUGCUCCGUGGACAUAUAAUAAUAUGCAAGAGGGCAACAAGAAUGUUAAGCGGAAUUGGGGUCUAAUCAAAGAUGAUAUUGUCAAGGCUGUGCAGCAGUUUUUUAUCUCUGGAAUUAUGCCUGAUGGUAUUAAUAAUACAACUAUUGUUCUCAUCCUGAAGAUCAAGAAUCCCCAAACAAUCAAAGAUUUCAGGCCGAUCAGUUUGUGCAAUGUUAUCUACAAGAUUAUUUCCAAGUGUCUUGUAACAGGUUGCGACCGCUCCUCGAUGUCGUUCUCACCUUCUCAGGGGCUCAGGAAGGGAGAUCCUUUAUCUCCAUAUUUGUUCUUAUUUGUGGCCGAGGCGCUUUCUUUGUUGCUUAAUGACGCAUGUGCCAGGGGAGUCCUCCAGGAAAUCGGACUGACUAGACGAGCGCCUGGUAUUUCUCACUUGUUAUUUGCAGAUGAUAGUCUGCUAUUUUUCAAGGGUUCUUUUGAUCAAGCUUUAGCAAUUAAAGAUAUACUGACGGUGUAUGAGAAGGGAACUGGACAGAUGUUAAGCCCUGAUAAAUGUUCCAUAAUGUUUGGGAAAAAUGCAUCUUGGAGAAACAAGUGA